AGAUAAAAGACGCAGCAGAUUCAUAUACUGACCUUAGUUAUAUAGAUCGUUUACCUAGGUACAGAAUGAGACCCGCUAGUGAGGUCCAUAUCGGUAAUAGAAAGACCUGCCACCAAAAGCAUUCCGAUGGAGCAGAAGUAGACCCUUCCCCCGCCAUAAUAGCACCACCUAGCUUCGCUGCAUCGGGAUAGUAGUAGCACAUAUCUUUUUCUAGUGAUCGAAAUAGGGAUAAUUAAACCAAUGAUAGAGUUGACCUAGCCUAGCGACAUCCAUCCCUUGUCUCCGACCGGGAGAUAGAGACUACUUCAUGCGCAACUUCAACAUCUCCUGCCAAGGGGUAGGCCUUUUUUUUUCAAGACCCCCUUUCGGAAAACGCAUUGGCUUUCACUCAAGUUCGAGAUCCAUUAAAUAAAGCAAAAAAUGCACGUUACAGACGAAAGGUAGAUGUUCAUUGGCGAAUAAAGAGAAUGCAAGCUAUGCAAAAACGGAUUUCACUCAUUUUCUUAGCCGGAAUGUGCCCUCAAUCUCUUUCUGACACAGGGCUGAGCGCUCUAGAAGCGAAAUAAUUACCCUCGCGGGGUUGAUGAACCUGCCUUUUUGGUUGGCGUGGGGUGAAAGACCUCGCAGCGGAAACGAAAGAAGGACCUGUACUGCUUAGAGGGAGUUCACUUGCUUUCUUAAUGCGUUCGUGUCCCUCAUCCUAGCAGCUGAAUUGCCGACUAGACCUAGCAGCGGAAAGGCCGCUAUUCCUGCUGACUAGCUUAUCGCGAACUAUGCUACGCUCCGUUCGCUUGCUUGCUACUCACUGUAAUUCACAUUCACUGGCUUAAGAGCUAAUGAAUGCGGAGUUACAGUUGGUCCUUACUAUAACAAGUAAGUAAACCACCUUUGAAUGCUCGUGCAUUCAAAGAAGAGAAGAGAAAUCAGUAAAUCAGGACAGGAACAGUAUCCGGCAGUCAGGUACAAGCAAGUAAGAGAAGAAGGAAUGGCGGGGCGAAAGAGCUACCUGGAAGCUAGUUACGGUUGUGCAAAGAAUAUGAAGGAAAGUGGUACCCUAUUAGUUCAGUCAGUCAGUUACAAGUGAGAAGAAGGAUAUCAGGUUCCAAAGACUCAUCACAAAUAUCGUAGGUGAUAUCCGAAAGCGCUGAUGUUAGGAUUAAGGAAGUAGACUAGAAUCUCGGAACCAAGCUCAACGCGGCAUGUUCCGGUACUGCCAAUACAAUCUUGUCCAGAAAUUAUGAAUUAGGACUGUAAGUAAGUGAUCAGUAAGGAGAAGCUAUCCUAAAGAAAGAAAAAGAAAAAAAGCUUUCUGUUGCUUGUAGUUUUAUUUUCCUUUUUAUUGGGUUGGUGUUCAGUGUACCGUGGGUACAAGAUCGAAAAGAAUGCAUUGGAUGGAUGCCCGGGCAUUGAGAAGGAAGGACGCUUUCAGAGGCGAAAGGCCAUGGACUGAGACCGUCCUACUAGGAAAAAGAUUCUAUAUCCCAUACGUGUUAACAAGCGUACUACUGGCUUUGAACCGGAUUGCUACUCCUUCGCUUGGAAGACCUAAUGAAUUCCUACUGGCUGAAUGGCAUUCCUACUAUCACUAACGGACUAAAAGCAUAACUUCUUAGCUGGCUUACUACUUUAUGGCGUACUUCCGGGACUAUCGCACAUGACAGGAGCUGGUUUGCUAGCUUAUUAUUGGACUUAUUUCCGGGUAAACAAGUCCGGGCUUGCAAUAGAGCUGGCUAUACUUGUUAUGAAAUGGGAAGGAGGGAACUAGGCCUACUUACUAAACUCUACCUCCACUACGGUAUAGCUUCAACUGGAUUCCCCACUAUACACUACAAGAAGGGUAUUGGCCUUUCCCGAAACAAAGGCACUUGCUGGCAUGAAAACUUCCGCUCGUACAUACUUUUAUUCUCGUUUCAACUUCAACCGCUAUCUAUAACAUCUAAAAAAGCUGCUAAAGCCCUACUCGCAUAAGCAAUCUUCCUAGCUUUACGGGUCAAAAAAAAAAACCAUUAAUUAAGGGCUAUGGAAAGAGACGCUUCCUUGCUUCAGGGACUCUCGAAAACGAAUUGGGACUGAGACUUUUUUCGAACAUCAAUAGCGCUCGUGGGCUGGCUUGGUUGGUCUUCUCUCGUUCGCGACCAUACUAUCGCUGGGACAGACGUUGAAGGAUACACAAGGACGGGCUUUGAAGCGAGAGGCUUGAUUGAUUAGAAAUGUUAAGCAAUGAAUAGGAUAAAACUCUAUUUUGAUCGAGCCCACUUCUUUCAAUUCCCUACUUUUGCUUACUUGAGAUGAGAGCUUGAAUCAACAAUAACUAGAACUGGGAAAGGAUGAAUCUAAGAAGAUUUCAUCGAACCUUACAAAUGGAAUAAGCUACUAGAACUUUGUCUGUCAAAGGAAAAUAAAAUAGAAUCAUACCUUAGUUCAGAAUAUCCCUACUCGUAUGUAGGAGGAGCUACUGCCUUCCUUCCAAUCGGUUCUAAGAGCAAAGGAAACGAUAAAGGUGAACUUUCAUUGGUGCUUCCCCUACACGUAUACUGGAGCGAGAGCGGGCGCUAGAUUUCGAACAGGAUUGACUGACUCACUCGCUGGGACUGAAACUGGUCUAGAAUAGUUUGGAGGGGGGGGGGAGGUUACUUUUCUUUUCAGGCUAAAGCUUUAAGGGGCUUUUUAUAGGGAUUCAAGCUUGCGAAAUGCCUUAUCAUUCUUACUCUUGAGUAAAACUGGCUUUGGACACAGGUGCGAAGCAAGUCUAUGCAGAAAGGAUAGGAAAAAGCUCUAUACGAUACACGAGUAGUUGGUGGAAUACGAGUAAGGACUUUGUUUGCCCAAGUCCCUUGCUUGAAGGACUAUCGCACUUUUAGUGGUACUGAGACUGUCCCUACCACUACCUUUUAUCAAGCGGGUUUACAAGAGUUCUGGCUUUCCCAACUGGACAACUUCUGGGGAAUCUAAUUUCUUUCGCACCCCCUAUUAUAUGCGGUCCUAACUUUGCUACUCUUACUUCCACUAGAAAGAGAACUUCUGCUCGUAACAUACCUUCCCUUAUGAUAUGAUCUUACUUCUUGAAGCGAGCUACUUUAACUGCCAAAGGGGCGGAGCAACUCGAGUUAGACGAGAGGCGGGGAUGUUUAUUUCAAGCUGGAUGAAAGUGGACCACUGAUAGAAAGGUCUUAUAAAACGUCUGAACCGCCUUAUUAAAUUAAUUAUUAAUUAGUAGGGUUUUAGUAUCCGCCCUUACUCUAUCUUUGAAGUGGCUAUCGAACCUUUCCGUAGGGAACAGGGGCUUUCUGCCUGGCCGCUGAUGCUUGUAAAUACUUUCUUCCGACUUUGGGAAGAGGCUAUCGGCACUGGCGUUACACGCGUACAAAGAACUCGUUGAAACCUCGCUACUGGAUUGAGGAAGAGGCAAGAAACUUGAGCUAUACCUCCUUUCUUGUCCUUCCUUCCGACUGGUUUUUCUUCCUUUUUCCAUACUUCAGGAGGAAGAGAUCGCCGGGUUCAACUUCCACUGGUGAUGGCGAUUCCUUCUUGAAAACAGUAUAUUCAGUUGAAUCUUCAUAUUAUAAUAAUAACAUCGAAUCAAUUCCUAUUCGAAAAGAAGAUUUCAUCAUACCUGGCUUUCCUAACCUUACAACUGGCACUGAGACUAAACUUUAUCAAGCUGGAAAUAGGGAACUCCUUUUUGGAACUGCCUUUGAUCUUAGGCUCGCAGCUAGUAGGUGCGUACCCUUGAACCUAGCAUUCUUUUGGGGCACAGGCAUUGAAAGACGGCUUUCGGAAUAGGCUUUUUGGUACUAGCUUGAGGAAGAGAAGGUAUUUACUAUAAAAGUAAUUUAGUUAAGUAAUGGCUUGUGCUAAAGGAACUGAGGGAUGCCACGAUCUUUAGUAUUUCUGCUAUCCCAAAGAGCGGGGAAGCCUAGAAGGAAGGGAUUGAGCUUGAAGGCUUUCACGGAUUGAUGCCGAGACUAGAUUCGAAACUAGACUUGGGCUUGGGUAAGGCCAGGUAUUCAGUGUCUGGUUCGAUAGGACCAGGAAGAAGAAGGUUUGGCAAGUGAAGGGGAAUUCCGCUAUAAGAGAAAGAGUGCCUCGAGAAUAGGCUUUGAGCGAGAAUCCGAUUCAACUCGUUCUUUUUGGGUUUGGUACUUCGGCCACAGGAUCUCAUCUCGUCUUUUUUUAAGAAAUAUAGGCCUUGUAAGUAGUAAACUCCUUAAGCCGAAGAGUCGUUAAGCCGAGAAAGCUAACAAAUUUCUUGCCUUUUCAUCUCAGAUCAGGAAGGUAGUUUGAUUAAAACCUUCAAGGAGGAAUCGAUUGAAUCAUCCCUGUACUUCUACUCGAUAGAGUGAUCGAAUCGGACGCUGUGCCAUUGAUUUCAUUUCGCUAAUCGACCGCUAUUAGAUAGAUAGAUUCGCCUCGAGGGUUGUGCGAUAACGCUUGUUCUCUCUUUCUUUUCCCACUCCGCGCUAACUCGAAAUUUCAUAGAAUAGACAGAUCGGAUCGUAACCAGGCGAAAGAAAGUUCUACUUCUUCACCCGUUGAAGAAGCCGUGAUUGCUUGAGGUGAAUCAGUUGAGUUUGGUCCUAACGUAUAUAAGAGAGAGGCUGCUUUUAGGUAUGAAAAAGGUAGAUGAUCUUAACUAUCAAUUUCAUAAGAGAAGCAAGAGAGGUAGAUGAAAGGUAUGCCAGUUUCAUUCUUGCUUUUGCUUAUCGGGGGUUUUGGCAGAAUUGGGUUCGACUCCCAUAGCCCUUUUGUGGUGAAGCCCCAAUGGGGCAAUCAAAAUGGAAAAUUUUUUGAGGAUUACGUUUAUAUUUCAAGGACUUCGAGUGUCUAAUUAUUGGGUCAGAAUUUCGAUAGUUUUGUUCUUGCUGGCUGUGUGCUACUGUCUCAUUCAACUCAACUUUGAUUUGAAUAUCCUGUUAGUGAGGGUGAAAGCAUUCCUAUUGGGAAAAUCUUUCCACUUCCUCUUUAGUCGGCUCGGGUGGUGGACCGGAGGUCUCUUUUUGGCCACGCUUUUUUUUCUUUUUGAUAGCGAGACCGGAAGCUGGGGUACCACAAUGGCUCCGUCAGGCGCUUCGGGCGCGUCAAGCUCGUCCGCGCGGGACGAGGAUUCUUUCGGGAUUCGGGUCCUAUUGGAGCCCUUUUCCGAAACCGAACCCGAGAGCACAUCGGUGAAUCAGCCAGAAGAAAGGCCUGCGCCCCCCGCUAAUCCAGUCGCUUCCCCGGGGGAGGAAGCUGGUCCAUCUAAUCGGACCCCAGUAGUCCCCUAUCCGUAUCAAGAAGAUGAAAUUAGGGGGGAUUGCGUUCUAUCCAUCCAACGUCGCCUUUUGGCGAACAACUCUUCUCCCUCUGCCGAGGUCAUACAAAUGGCUCGUAUUCAAGCCGAAGAUCUUUUCGAGGUCAAGGUUGAGAUUAUCCAACAAAUGGCAGACCUUGAUCCAACGGGAGAUUGGAUGGGGCGGGGAGCUCGGGCCCUCGAAAAUCCGCAUACCGCCACGGGGGAAGAGUCCUUGGAAAAGCUCUAUGCUUAGACGAUCUAAGAGGGGGCGGAGUACGAUCCCAGGCCUUUUUGUCCUUGCAAAGCAAGGUCUCAAGGUAAGGUUUAGGACCGAUAUAGAUACUGACUCUAUAGCUUAGCGCUUACCGAGGUGCGGAGCCGGCCACCCAACCCCGCAGGUCAGGGUCGGGCCGGCCAUAGGUUCGAAUCCUGCCACCUUUCUUGUGGAUCAUCCUGUGGUUAC